AUGCUACUUUCCAAUAUAUAUAGAUUUGUGCAUGUAGUUCUCUUCUAUGUAUGUACUUAUUUUACUUUGGCAUUUGAAAAGAGCUUCUUGCCUAGUAUUUAGUGCCAGAGAGAGAGCUUGCUUUCCUCACCUCUAUUUAUUAGGCUAAAAAGGUCAAAAAAUAGUAACCAACUUAGGUCCUUCGAAUUGCAUUAAUCUUUCUUUGAUCCCAUACACAGAAAACCCCUUUUGGUUGUUAGGCUUAAAGUAGACACCUUUUUUCCUCUGAUAGAGAGACCAAUUUACCCUUUUGAGCUGAUGCUUAGGCCCCCCCGCCCUCCCCUUAUUUUUAUUCAUUACAGCGAAAAGGAAAUGUUUCUCCUUUCGUUACUUUCGAAUGCAUUUCCAUGGCUGAAAGGGAUCCCCAAAUAGGUUUGUUUUUAGCUGAUUGGAAAGAAGCCACCGCUUCACCUCAUUGGUUCUUUUAAGCUACAGUGUCGAGAUUCAGGUGCUUCUUUUCUUUCUUUUUUUGGGGGCUGAAUUUGGGGUGUGGAAAAUGAAUGGGGUUCCAGAAGACCUAAUUGUUUACGAGAUUGCUUUGGUGGUUCCCAAAAGGAACCUCAAUGAAGAAAAUAAGGGUUAUGAUUGUGUUGAGGUUCUUGUCAAUGAGUUCAGAAAUGUGGGUUUGAUCGUUGAGAGAGUUCUUGGCCUUUCUGACGAGUUUAUCAAGCUAGCAGCACCAUUAGAGACUCUGGGAAGGGUAGCAGCCAAGAUGCAGAUGAAGAAGACCACUCAUAUUGGAAUUGAUUUACAAUUUGAAUGGGAGGAGAUCAAAGCUUUUGUACGGCAACCUGAUGGCUCAUUGUUCAGUUGGUGUGAGCGUUUCCAAUGCUACCGUCACUUGAUAUACAAAAUUGUCAAUAAGAAGAAUUCAGACGUAACUUUAAAAUUUGAUGGCAAAGAGAUCCAAUGGGAAGCUGGGAAAUCAUUACUGCAGAGGUUGGAAUUGGAAGGAAUAGUUAAACAAGUUUUCCCUUUACACGAUGAAAUAAAGAGGAAGAAACUACUGAGGAGUUGGGCAUUAAAUUGGUGGGACUUUACAGCUCAACCAAUUGAUGAAAUUUAUGCAUAUUUCGGGACAAAGAUUGCAGUUUAUUUUGCUUUUCUUGGAAUGUAUACACGUUGGAUGAUUUUUCCGGCUACAUUUGGACUUAUCUUGCAGUUGAUUGAUUUUGGAUCAUUAAAAUUACUAGUAUUCCCUGCUUUCUUCAUAAGCAUAGUAUUGUGGGCUGUGUUGUUUUUCCAAUUCUGGAAACGUAAAAACUCUGCACUUUCAGCCAGGUGGCAUCUUAAUUUUUCUGUCAGCACAAGCGAAGGAUACAAAUUAUCUGGGAGGGAGUGGAACUCACUGCAGCCUCCCCUGGAACUUGUAAAAAAUUCGGGAAUUGAUAAAACGAAAGAGAAAGAAGCAUUGCAAAGAUAUGAAUGGUUUGGCUAUCUCAAACGAUUCAGAAAUGAUGUUAUCAUUAUUUUGAGUAUCAUUUGCCUCCAAUUGCCAUUUGAGUUGGCUUAUGCUCAUCUCUACGAGGUCCUCAAGUCUGAUAUGGUGAAGUUCGGGUUAACUGUGGUUUAUCUUCUUGUAAUCCAGUAUUUCACAAAGAUUGGGGGAAAGAUAUCAAUCCGACUCAUUAAGCAUGAAAACAAUGAAAAUACUGAAUAUCAGGCUGACAGCUUGGUCUACAAAGUGUUUGGUCUUUAUUUUAUGCAAUCAUACAUUGGUGUUUUUUAUCAUGCCCUUUUACAUCGCAACUUUAUGACCCUUCGCCAAGUGUUGAUCCAGCGUCUGAUACUUUAUGAGGUCUUAGAAAAUCUGGUGGAAAAUUCUUUACCGUAUCUGAAGUACAGCUAUAAAAAGUAUAGAGCUGUUAGAAACAAGAAAAAACGUGAGAAAGGUUUGAUUGGAAAGAUCCAAUUCACUACCAGGGUGGAGAAAGAGUACUUGAAACCCACAUAUUCUGCAAGCAUUUCUGAGGAACUGGAAGAUGGGCUGUUUGAUGAUUUUCUGGAGUUGGCACUGCAGUUUGGAAUGAUCAUGAUGUUUGCCUGUGCGUUUCCCCUUGCAUUUGCUUUCUCUGCCUUGAACAACAUUGCAGAAAUGAGAACAGACGCCUUGAAGCUGCUUGCCAUGUUGAGACGGCCUGUUCCACGAGCUGCCGCUACAAUUGGAGCUUGGCUUAACAUUUUUCAGUUCCUAAUAUUGAUGUCAAUAUGCACCAAUUCUGCACUUCUAGUAUGGUUAUACGAUCAGGAAGGAAAAUGGAAAAUUGAGCCUGGCCUUGCAGCCAUUCUUGUAAUGGAGCAUGUUCUGCUAUUGAUUAAAUUCGGGUUCUCCCGCUUUGUCCCCGAGGAACCUGCUUGGGUGAGAGCAAAGCGAAUGAAGAACGCGACACAAGCGCAAGACAUGUGUUCUAAACAGCUAUUGAGGACCAUAUCUGGGAGAGAAAAGGCAUUUGGUGGAUAUAUUAGAAGAAAGAAACCUGAUGGAACAAAUAAAACUCAAUCAUGCAGAAACCAGUGAUUGUGUUAUCCAAGAGUUCCAUCAAACUCGUUGCCUAUUGAAGCAAAACAACAUCAAAGGCCACGCUUCUAUCAAUUAUCAAAGCUAGGCCCCGUUACAAAGAUGUAUAGAUUUUGGUUUUCCUCGUCUUUUUUUCAUUAUUUUGGUGUAAAUUCAAGUAGUAGCAACAGUUUUUUCCUGGGAUUCUCUCCAACUGUCUAUUUAUCUUCAAAUCAGUUGAAUUUCAAAUCAAGUGUUUUUUUGGCAAA